AUGGGACCAGACUUCUCCGAAAUUGACUUGACCGUGGUGGCCCCAAAUGAAACUUCUGUCGGAUGCCCUCAGAUUUCUCCUUUGUUCCCGAAAGAACAUGCCGAUGUGGACGCUACUCUCGAUUCGUUGUAUCGGUCCGAUACAUUCAAGCUCGGAGCGUACGAACUGCUGGGUGGCGCCGUACGCAUCCCUACGGAGUCAUACGACGACUUACUUCCUGUAGGUCAUGAUGAACGCUGGGACGUUUUUAGCGAACUCCAUGAGUACCUCGAACGAUCAUUUCCCAGAGUGUAUGACACUUUGCAUGUUGCCAAGAUAAACACGUACGGUUUAGUACUUCACUGGCAAGGGUCACAAGGCCACCUCAAACCCAUUCUAAUCACCGCGCAUCAAGAUGUUGUUCCUGUUGAUCCCACGACUGUAAACAAGUGGACUCAUCCCCCGUAUUCUGGUCAUUUUGACGGCACUUGGAUAUGGGGACGAGGAUGUGCGGAUGACAAGGCCGAUCUUAUUUCUCAGCUGCAAGAUAGGAUUACAGUUGAACAACUUCUUGCCGCUGGGUUCAAGCCGCAACGCACGGUCGUGUUUGCUUUUGGCAUAGACGAAGAGGCCUCCGGCACCGAGGGCGCUGGGAGACUGGCAGUUUACCUAGAAUCGACCUAUGGGGUCGACGGGUUUGCAAUGCUGGUAGACGAAGGGCAGGGCUACGACAAGAACGCUAAGGACGACGUGAUUUUCGCAUUCCCUGGUGUAUCAGAAAAGGGCUACUUCGAUGCGCUGAUUGAAGUCUUCACACCAGGGGGACAUUCCAGCAUACCACCUGCUCAUACGAGCGUCGGUAUUUUGUCACUGAUGAUUGUAGAAAUUGAGAAGAACACAUUUCAGCCAGAGUUCUUGCGUUCAGGAACUGGUUUUGCGAAUGCUCAAUGCGCUGCUACUUAUGACCCGAAAUUUACUCCGGCACUGAGGGCUUUAGCUAGGAAGGCGCUGACCGAUGACCAGGCGUUAGAUGAGUUCAAGAACGCAUUGAUUGCGCUGAAUCCGAUAGUUGGUGUGACGCUGAAGACUACCCAGGCGGUGGACCUGAUACAGGGGGGCGUUAAAGUCAAUGCUCUUCCUGAGAAGGCGUCCGCGGUCAUUAACCACAGAGUUGCGGAACAUAGUUCUACUGAAGAAGUACAGCAGCAUAUUAUCGAGCUUCUUACCCCCAUAGCCGCUGAGUAUAAUCUAUCCGUGGACGCCUUCGGAAAGACGCUGGAUUUUGGUAGCGUGGAUGGUGGGAGAAUGGUGUUGUCGGAUGCCUUUGGAUCCGCAUUACAACCGUCCCCCGUUUCUCCUUUAGAUAUUAAGGGGCCGUAUGGAAUGCUUUCUGGAACCAUCAAAGCGACGCUUCAGUCUUCUGACCGAUAUGAAGCAUCGGGAGUCGUAGUCAUGCCGUCCCUGGGUUUGGGUGCGAAUACGCGAUUCUACUGGAAUUUGACUAGACAUAUUUUCAGGUAUUCACAUCGUGGUGAUACAGAUGACCUGUACAAUGGCUUGCACACAGUUGACGAAGCCGUUCGUGGAGAAUCCAUUAUUGAGCAAAUCCGUUUCUUCACCAAACUCAUCCUAAACAGUGAUGAAGCGGAUUUUUAA